GAUGCCUGUCAGAGAUAAAACUGAAACCCCCAUGAGGCAAACCUGCUCUCUUCCGCACAAAACCACCAAACAAACGGAUAUCCAGCUCCGUCUAAAUAUAUUUACAUGUUAUAUGUCAGCUUAAUGGACUGUACUCGCACUAAGAAGUGUGCUUUGUUUUUGACUCGAUGUCUUUUUGACUUUCUCCAUCUCUUUUCUCCAGCUGAACGCGUGAACAGCUGUCAGAUAGGAGAUUUGGGGCUUUUUGACGUUUCCUAAAGUAGGAUAUGACGCUGUGUGAACAUCAGAGACAUGAACUGUGCUAAGCAUCAGAGCAGAGCUCAUUAAUAUUCAUGACCUAUCUCUAAAUAAGGGAUUGAAGAUGUCGAACUGCUCGCUCAACAUCACCGCUGGCAUCCAGAACUUCCAGCUCGCCGUACUGAUUCCCACCUUCAUCUUUGGCGUCCCGGCGAAUGUUUAUGUCUUAAUAAUGUUUUGCCGGCGUGCGAGAAGCGCCUGGACCGACAUAAACAUCUACAUUAGCAACAUGGCGGUGGCGGACUGCGUGAUGCUCGUCCUCCUCCCCAUACGAAUAAUGUCCAUCUACGAAAACACACUCGUUUCAAGAUACUGGGACCAAACCAACAAAGAGCUGUGCUACGUGCUGGUCUCUGUUUAUUACGUCAACAUGUACGUUAGCAUUUUUAACAUAACUGCGAUAAGCAUCGUGCGUUUCAUUGCAAUCAAGUAUCCGAUGAAAGCUCGCGAAAUUUUUUCACGCAGAAAAGCAUUGGUGGUAUGCGCACUAAUAUGGCUGGUCACGUGCUCGCUUAGCGUAGCUUUCCAUCGCGUGGACGAUCCCAAGCAUAACAGUACGAUUAAAUGCUUCCAGAAGAAUAAAAAAGAGGAAUUACCGUUGACGUUUAUUCUGGUGCUGAAUGUCGUCGGGUUUAUUUCGCCGUUUCUAAUCAUGUCAUUUUGCUCAAUCAGAGUUAUAUUCACGCUUAGGAAGCAGCUGGACAUCGGCUCGCGUGCCGAAAAAAUGCAGUGCAUUUUUAUAAUGUUGGCAAAUUUGUGUGUUUUUGUUGUGUGUUUCUUUCCCGUUCACUUCGGCUUCCUGCUCAAGUACAUCACGCAGGCGCACAAAUACAGCUGCGACGCACAGAUUUUGGCACAUAAUUUUGUUCAUGGCGCCAUCUGUGUUUCUAGCAUGAACUGCGCACUCGAUUGUGUCACUUAUUACUUCGCAACAAGAACAUCGUGGACGAUACGGUGCUGCCGUCAGAAACUGCAUGAGGAAUAUAAGUGCCAUUAUAGCAGCACGAGAAGCUCACAGUGACUACGUUUACACUUGAAUAAGACAAUAAUAUGGUUUAGUUGCUUUUUGAAAGUUUUAGUUUGACAUGUUACAAUAUAUAUAUAUAAUACACACGAUUAACAUCAUUACAGCGUUCGAUGAUAGUUUCCUCUGGCGUUUCACACAACAACAGUUAGUUUUCGUUAUGUCAAAUGUGAUUUUGGGCAUUUCGUUUUUUAAGUUUUUAAGUUCAACUGCAGUUAAUUUCUCCUCAUUUGAAUCAUGUCCAUCUAUAUAAACAAACGUUUGCAGAUUCUGGGACCAAACCAACAAAGAGCUAAGCUACGUGCUGGUCUCGGUUUAUUACAUGAACCUGUAUGUUAGCAUUUUUACUAUUGCCGCAUCACCAUCAAGUAUCCGAUGAAAGCUCGCAAAAUUUUAUCGCGCACAAAAGCAUUGAUAGUUAUGGCUAAUAUAUGGCUAAUAAUAUGGCUAAUCGUGGUUACAUGUUUCUUUUAUGUGCUCACAUUUCGUUUAUGUGCUCACAUAGUUCGAUUAAUAUCAGCAUUCGACGCUGAUAUAACUGCAGUAAAUUUCUCACACUAGGGCUCUAUUUUAACAAUCUAGGCGCAAAGUCUAAAGUGUAUGGUGCAAAAUCAUUAAGGGCAUGUCCAAAUCCACUUUUGCUAUUUUAAGGAUGGAGAAAUACGCUCAGCGCCCCGGCGCAUGGUCUAACAGGGUUGUGCUUAUUCUCUUAAUGAGUUCUGGGUGUGUUUUGAGCAUAACGUGCAUUAAACCAAUCAGAGUCUCAUCUCAGAUUCCCUUUAAGACUCAGUUGUGUUGCGCUAUGGUGCAUUUGCUAUUUACAUGGUGGACUUCUUUGUAAGAGGAAAAACUGAACGCUUCACUAGCGAGAAAUCAGUUAAACAGAGCAUCUGCAGCGCAAGGAUAAAGAAUGAGCCUCCUCCAUUCAGCCUCUUUGCUUUCUCUUUACUUUACUUUUACUCUUUACUCCUUUACUUUGGUGGAGUAAGGAAACAGUGGAAAAAUCACUCCACUAAAGACAUCCAUUAGCCUACAUAUUUAAUUUCCUUUAAGCUCAAAGAUUUGUUUUAAAACUAUUUUUAAAUUCAGUUCUAAUUCGCAGAAAAGGAAUAAAUAUAUAAUAAUAACAAAGUGUGGUCGAAAAACUGAGUUAUAUCCAAACACACGUCAUGUUCUAAUGCCCCAUAUGGUGAUGCAAACGUCUCCAAAACCCGGCAGGUGGACAAAUCUAACCUGGUUUUUAUUAAAACAAAUAUAAAUAUGCAGAUAAUAAAUAAUACUAAUAAUAAUAACAUUAUACUAAUGCAGAUUGUCAUGAAUAAACUGAAAAAGGCCCCCUGAGGAGAAGGCAUGGAGGCAGUGGGUUUUAUAUUUAUGUAGAAAACCCAUGAGUCUACAAAGUGGCGCAAAUGGGUUGUUAUUUAAACAACAUGGCGCAAAACAUGAAAAUUGGGGUUGCGCUGGUCUGAAAAUAGCAACAGAUUGCGACAAAAACGUCUUGCGCCUUGCCAUGGCAGGUGUAUGAUAGGGCCCUAUGUGUGCAUACAGAUGACGGUGAAUACAAAUUCUCAAGCAACAGGCCACCUCUGCAAAAUGUAGCAAAAAAUCCUACAAAAGGGUUAUAGUUUGAUUAAAGUGUUUACAUGUCUGUACUGUGCUUCAAUAAUGUGGCUGAAAUAGGAAUACUCCACAGAAAUGGAAUAAGACAUGUGUUGUUCGUUUAUGAUUUAUGUCAGAUUAAGGUCAUCAGAAAUCGCUGUUUACAUGUUAGACUCUUAAUUAGAGCAUUGUCUUAAUAUUAAAAUCAGAGUAUUGGUGUCUGCGUACAUAUAUUCAGUGACUGCUGGAAUGCAGUUUAAAAUGUAAAAACAGUGAAUUUCUGAAAGAAUUCUGAAUUGUAAUAAAGUUUAUUUAUAAAACUGAUCAGGUUGUAGCAUCUAAUGACAAAAUUAUGGAUGGAUGGAUGGAUGGAUGGAUAUUUGGAUGGAUGGAUGGAUGGACGGAUAUUUGGAUGGAUGGACUGAUGGAUAUUUGGAUGGAUGGAUGGAUGGAUGGACUGACGGAUAUUUGGAUGGAUGGAUGGAUGCAUGAAUGGAUGGAUGGAUGGAUGGACUGAUGGAUAUUUGGAUGGAUAGACUGACGGAUAUUUGGAUCGAUGGAUGAAUGGACUGACGGAUAUUUGGAUGGAUGGAUGGAUGGACUGACGGAUAUUUGGAUGGAUGGAUGGAUGGAUGGAUGGAUGGAUGGACUGACGGAUAUUUGGAUGGAUGGAUGGAUGGACUGACGGAUAUUUGGAUGGAUGGAUGGAUGGACUGACGGAUAUUUGGAUGGAUGGAUGGAUGGACUGACGGAUAUUUGGAUGCAUGGAUGGAUGAAUGGAUGGAUGGAUGGACUGACGGAUAUUUGGAUGGAUAGACUGACGGAUAUUUGGAUGGAUGGAUGGAUGGAUGGAUGAAUGGACUGAUGGAUAUUUGGAUGGAUAGACUGACGGAUAUUUGGAUGGAUGGAUGAAUGGAUGGAUGGAUGGACUGACGGAUAUUUGGAUGGAUAGACUGACGGAUAUUUGGAUGGAUGGAUGAAUGGACUGAUGGAUAUUUGGAUGGAUAGACUGACGGAUAUUUGGAUGGAUGGAUGAAUGGACUGAUGGAUAUUUGGAUGGAUGGAUGGAUGGAUAUUUGGAUGGAUGGAUAUUUGGAUGGAUGGAUGGAUGGAUGGAAUGAUGGAUGGAUGGAAUGAUGGAUGGAUGGAUAGACAGAUAGGUCAGUAAAGCUAAUUGUAGCAACACUUGAAUAAUGGGCUAUUAAUGUAUUUACUAAAAUUAUGUCUGAGUAAUCUUGUGAGGAAUUAAUUAAUCAUAGUUCAGCAUUUAAUAGUGCACUAUUAUAAUCCACAGUUGUGCUUGUUAACAUUAGCUAAUGCACAAAAACUAACCUUAACUUAAAGGGCACCUAGGUUACCUCUUUUUUCAGAUUUAAUACGAGUCUUUUGUGUCCCCAGAAUGUGUCUGUGAAGUUUCAGCUCAAAACACCCAUCAGAUUAUUUAUUAGAGCUUUUAUAAGUUUCUCUUUUACACUUUUUUGCACCAGGUGGCGGUUUUGUUGUACUGCACCUUUAAGAGUAGUCCUCCCCGACCACCGUUUCUACAUGCCUUAAUCUCCUCCCUCGGCUGCGUCAGACAACAGACAGAUUUAAAGGAAGCAGAUCUCACGUAGCGUUUGUGAGAAAUACUACAGUAAGAACUUUACCAAUGAGUAUUUGAUGCAUUUAUUGUGGAGUUCCAAUGACGAGUCGCACACAAUGUCGUUACAAAGUUCACACACACACACACACACAGACCGCGCGCACUCUUUUCCCAUGCAUAUGUGACAGGAUACAGGUUAAUCUCCACUGCUGUAUGGAUAUCUGUUAUCUUAAUGUACAAAAUAAACCUAAAUUAACGUCCACAAA